CCGCUCUCUCUUUGCACUCUCUCUCUAACAGAGGAUCUUGUCAAUUGAUAUCUCACAUUAACCAUAAAAAUAAAGAUUUCACCGUUUUCAAAGGGCAAUUUGCACGGCCAAAGUCUUGAACUCGAUCGGUUCAUGAAAUUCUUAUGGUAUUUCGAUGAAACUUUUAUGGUAUUUCAAUGAAUUUUCAAUUUCUAUGGAGAAAAGAAUCCUCAAAUACUCUGUUGAUGCCAUGAAAAAAAUUGCCACUUAAAGGGGUGAUUAAGAUUUAAUCAGCAUUAGCUUUUGCCAAAGAGGGAGAGAGAGAAGAGGAAAGAGAGGAACAGCUGUUUUGAUGAGGGUAGCAAGUAAAGCCCGGGUCCCAGCCUCCCAGGUUGAGAGAGAAUCCAUGAUCACCUGCACCAGAUACAAUCUCCUCGUCUUCAUUUCUUAAAUUUUUUCGGCACUUUCCGGCUCUGUUUUCGAGGAGCCUGAUGAUCCAGGAAGAGGCUGCUCCAAGUGUGGCCCCGCGCCUAACCGAUGCAGUGCAUAUCUGUUGCUACCUAGUCAGUCGGGACAUGUCUGUGUGUUUGUUUAUUGAGAAUCUGAAAAUGCGAAAUACAAAAGAAGAAGAGAGGGUGAUUUCGGGUCCUCUUCCCGAAGUCUCUUUCCCGACACUUCUGCUCUCUCUCUCUAGCUCUGAUCCUUCUGCAUAUUCCACUUCGUGGGACAAAAUUUGAGACUGCCCUUUUUGGAGUUUUAUCUCUUUCUCGUGAGCUUUCUGCUCUUCUUCCUCCUCCUUUGGAUGCUUAUCUUGAGUAGCUGGUGCUAAAGGAAGCUUCUUUGCGUUUCUCUGCUGAAAAGUUGAUAGGAACAUCGAAGAGGACCACUCAACAAUAACACCCUAUCGAGGUGUCUACAGGUAAUAGGAUGGCUGUCGCUGAAAGCUAUGCCUUUGGAAAUUUUCUGGAGAGACCCAUGAAGGCAUUUCUACCGAUCAUGAGAAAUUAGUUGGCCUCAAAGCAAAAAUAAGAACAAAAAGAAGAAGAAGAAGAAGAAGAAGAAGAAGAGAUCUGGUGGGAGUUUCAUUCACGCGAUUAUAGUGAAAAAAGUUGGGGGUUGACAGUCCAUGACAUUAUCCGUGAAGCUAUCAUCGUUCUCUUUGGGUCCUUGCGUUCCUCUGUUUUGAUAGAUAAUUGGAAGAAAAUGGAAGCUCAGUCGAAUCAGAAGGCAAUUGAGAGAGUGGUUUCGCAGAAAGCUCUGCAGAUGGGGAGCUCAUUUCCAUGCCAAGUCUGUGUGGUGGGUUUUCUCUGUGGAGUGUGUCUCACCACUCUGUUUCUGGCUGCUCUCACUUCUUUCGGAGCGUUCGGGUUCAGCAGAGUCUCCUUGCCUACGAUUGCAAUGGGGAUUUCCCAGGGGAAUUCAAGCUCAAACACCAUCAAUAUCUUCACGAGAUCAGAUCAAGAUUUUGAUCUCAAAAGGCCAGAGCGAAAUGUCGAUUCACUGCCAAGCAAAGAGCAUCAAGAGAACGAGAGAGUCUCUUUGCUUUAUUCAGCUUGGAGUGCUUUACUAAAAGAACCAACGGAUGGAAGAGAGGAAUUGCAUAAAUUAGGACUAAGCAGACCCGCAGUACCAUCUGCUCCUCAUUUGGAGGACUGCAAAUCGAGCGCUCAAGUAAAUAAGCGACUCGACAGCUAUGCUGAGAAUGAGAUAUUUCCUCCGUGGACUAGUUGGAAAGCAUCAUUGGAAAUGCAUUCGGCAUCUAUAAAUGAUGAGCAACUGAAGAAAUAUAGGCGCCGAGAAAUAUCUGAAGGUUCUUAUCCUCCUUGGAUCACUGGGUCAGAUCAGGAAAACUAUCCUCUCACGAGAAAAGGUCAACGUGACUUAUGGAUCCAUCAGCAUCCUUCAAACUGCAGUGAUCCUAGCGUGAGAUUCCUUGUGGCAGACUGGGAAAGAUUACCUGGAUUUGGUAUUGGAGCUCAAAUAGCCGGAAUGUGCGGGCUUCUUGCCAUUGCUCUCCAUGAGAAACGGGUCCUCAUCACUAACUACUAUAACAGAGCCGACCACGAUGGUUGUGAGGGAUCAGCGCGCUCAAGCUGGUCAUGCUACUUCCUCCCUGAAACAUCCCAGGAAUGCCGAGACCGUGCACUCGAGCUGAUUGGGAAUCAUGAUGCAUGGACAAGUGGAAUUGUCACUGGGAAACAAAAUUACAGUUCGAAGCAAAUAUGGGCUGGCCAAAUACCCCAGUUAUGGGGGGAUCCUUGGACUUACCUGCAGCCGACGACUGAAAUAAAUGGAAGUUUGAUUUCGCGUCAUCGCAAAAUGGACAGAAGAUGGUGGCGAGCCCAGGCGGUGCGCUACUUGAUGAGGUUUCAAACAGAGUACACAUGCGGCCUGAUGAAUUUGGCGCGCCAUGCUGCUUUUGGAGAGGAAGCUGCAAAGAUUGUCCUCACAGGUUUGCCUGAGAAAUGGCCACAGAACGCCGUGGAGAAGCCUGUGUCGGACAUCGAAAAGUUUGUUUGGUCCAAUCACAGACCGUGGAUUCCUCGGCCACUUCUGAGCAUGCAUGUGAGGAUGGGCGACAAGGCGUGCGAAAUGAAGGUGGUCGAGUUCGAAGACUACAUGAGCCUGGCCAACCGCAUAAGGAAGCGGUUUCCGCACCUUAAUAGCAUAUGGCUUUCCACAGAGAUGCAGGAAGUCAUCGACAAGUCGAAAUCAUACGCGAGCUGGAACUUCUACUACACGGAUGUGAGGCGACAAGUGGGCAACAUCACGAUGGCCAAGUACGAGGCGAGCCUCGGGAGAGAGACGAGCACGAACUACCCGCUCGUGAAUUUCCUGAUGGCGUCGGACGCUGACUUCUUCAUCGGAGCGCUGGGUUCGACUUGGUGCUUCCUCAUAGACGGCAUGCGAAACACCGGAGGGAAGGUAAUGGCCGGGUACUUGAGCGUCAACAAAGACCGAUUUUGGUAGAACGCAUCGAAGCCCCAUGCAUACGUCGUUGCAUGAUCACAAUUUUGUGCGUUUCUUCUGUAUUCAUGUAUAAUGUGUAUAUAUGUGUAUACUUCUCAUGUAUCAGUUCAAUGUACAGAUCAAAUAAAGACGGUCAAUGCAUAUCCUCAAUGCAGUAAUUCACGCAGGUUAACAGA